AUUUGAGGGUUAAACCUCUGAUUUUGAUCUCCACGCACAUUGGAUUGUUAAAGAAAAUUACAUAAAUUUUACAUUUAUUUGCAAUACAGCACUCAAGAUGAUGGACGAAACAGCAGUAACAAAUGAUUUGGAUGACAGUGUAGAGUACAAUUAUGACAGCUUUGAUGAACAGAAUGAUGAACGACCAACAGAGCGCUGGGCACCACUUGGAGCUGCUGCAACUAGUCCUGUCCCUGGGGCAGCUGCUGAAGCAGAUCACACCCAGCAACUAGAAAAGCUGGAGGAGGAACAAGAACAGCUGAAUUCUUCCCUCAUGGCAUUGACAACUCACUUUGCUCAGGUACAGUUCCGACUGAAGCAGAUUGUCAGUGCUGAUGCUGAUGACAAGGAGGUUCUUCUGAAGGAGUUGGAGCAGUUUGCUUUCAAGGGAAUACCAGAUGUUCGGGGCACAGCAGUACAGGAAGCUCAAAACCUUCAUGAAAACUUAAUGAGUGACAGGGAACAUGAAUUGAAGAUAACAGAACAAAGAGAGAAACAGCAGGAACUAAUCAAACAGCUAAAAACCCAAUUAGAGGACCUUGAGACAUAUGCGUAUGAGACAGGUGAAGCAGAAUUACCAACAAAUAAGAUGAUGGAGAAACAGAAAGUAGUGAUCGACGAGCUUAGAAAUAAGCUGGACUUGGAUCUUGAUAAUUAUCAAAAACUUAGUACUGAGGAAUUGAGAAUGGUUGUAGACCGUGCUGUAGGACAGAUAGUGAAUCCUGCCAAAGUGAAGGAAAAGCUUGUUGAUCAGCUAAAGACACAAAUCACGGACCUAGAACGCUUCAUAGAUUUCUUACAAGGCGAAGCAAGUAGUCCAGGACCUCUUGGCAAGGAAAGGUGUACAUGUCCUGUUCAUCGGGAUGAGUUUGGCGAUGAUGGAUCGGACCAUGGAAAAGAUUGUUGUGUAGCUCCACAAAGUGGACGAGCCUCUCUUAAAGACGGCAAAGCUAGAGCAAAGAACAUUCGUGAGACAACAGCAUUUAUCAGGAGAACAAUUACAGUGCUUCAAAUGUUCCUGUUGAGUCAGUUUGGUUGUGGUAGCAGGGACUUUCAGAGGAAUGUCCUCAAAAAGACUACCAAGGGCAACCACUGGGGUGAUUUGAGGGCCAGACUUGAAGUUGCUAUAACAAAAGUUGCAGACUUGGCAAAAGAACAGCAGGAUGAAAAGGAAUUGAAACAAGAGAAUCAGGACGAUUAUGGCAGUGACUCUGAGGAGAGCCAGGAGCAGAGUAGCCCAGCUUUAACACAAGCUGUGAGGAAAGAUUUGUCUAUGACCAUCCGAGAUCUCAUGCAGCAUGGACUCAUGGAGAUUGGACAAAGUACCAGUGUAGUUCCAUUUGGUUGUAUCCCGAACCGGUCAGCAGCUGUCACCAAACAGAUGCAUGCCUGGGACUUACUCUUGAGGUUUUAUGAGAUGAAGCAUGGAAAAGAAUACAAUGAUUCACCAUUCAGGAAGCUGUCUCAGUCCUUUCAUCUGGAUAUUGUCGGGGGAAAGCCAAUCACUGCCAAACAGACUUUACUUGGGGCCAUUGAUACGGUCAUCACAUCCCAUACACCACUCAAACGAACAGAGGAUUCCCACUUCAAGGCAUUUAUAUCUCUAGCUCUCAAUGAAAAGAAACUUUCCACAUGGUUGAAGUUGCUGUUCCGAACACAGUCACUAAUUGAUCACUACUACCAGGACUGGAGCUAUGUGGCCCGCACAAGUUUUGAUGAUUCACUGAAAUCCAUGGACAGACUGAGUAAAUUCAACUUCCAUUUACCGGUAGACCUGGCUGUGAGACCAUUCAGCAACAUCAAGGAUGCGUUUUAAAGCCUUUCAGUUGCUGCUCACACAGCUGGCCACAGUAGUGGAGCUUUCCUUUCAUUGAAUAUUAAGUUAAAAAAUCACACAGUGCAAAAAGAAAAGAAACCAUUCCAUUUGGGGAGGGGGUAAAGUUUAUGAUUACAUAGAGAAAUUACAAUCUUGACCAUUAGAUUUUUAAUGUUCAAGUUUGAACAAUAAAUGUCUUAAUAUCGUACCAUUUGUAUACACAUAUUGACCUUGGCCCCUAGGGGCUGAUGGACAAGGCCAAAAGAGAUCUAAUCAAUUUUAAAUUCUCAAUAUUUGGAUAUGGUAAACAAUAAUCGGAUACUUACAUUGAUGGAAGGGUCUUGAAAUGUCUAGUUAAGCAGAAGUGGGUGACAGUUCAUGUAACAUUAAUUUUGCAUUACAUACACAAUGUUGUUCAAGUUAUCCUUGUUAACAAGGUGAUUUCUGUGACGUAGGAAAUCGUAACAAACCAUUUGGUUAUAGAAGUCGGGUAACUGUAAAGGCCUUUCACGGUAAAAUAAAUCUUGCGAGAGAAGAUCAGUACUUAUAUCCAAUAAAAUGCCUUUUAACUCAAUAAUUCUAUCUAUUUAUAACAAGUAAACCUCUAAUAUGGUCUUUGCCAGUGUUGAAGAACAACUAGCCUUUCUCUACAUAUUUUGAGGUUUGCAAUUUAAACCUUUUGAUGUCAUAUGAUUAUGAUGUAAUUCAUGUACGAGAUUACAAAGUAAUUUCAGUGUAGUUUCUACUUCCCUCCAACUAAAAUUUUCCAAGACUAGCUAGAUUUUUCUCUGCUUAAUGUUAAUACUCUGAUCAGGAGAUGUAAGAUGACUAGGGGAUCAUCAUCAUUGUGCAAUAUGGCCGGAAGUUUCAAUGUCACAUUACACGAUGUUAUCUCAUUUAAUGAAGUUUGGCUAUUAUGGGAAGUGUUUCGGUGUAGCUGUUAAGAUACACAUUAUGGCUGGUAUACAGUUACAAUUACAUAUUGUCGAAUGACGAUCUUUGAGACUUGGUGGAAAAAUUUGAGGAAAGGGGUUCAUUAGUUGAUUACAAUGAAAAGAACAACAGCUAUAGUUGGAAAUUUACAAUGAAGAGUGACAGGUUUAAUUCAACAUGAUGAGGAAAGGAGAGAAUGGUAACUUGUGUUUAAGACUUACAGAGGAAAACUGAUACCAUAAGUUAGGGUUUGUGAUGGGAGUGGAAAUAUGGGGUUUAGACCUAGAAGGAAAAGUCAGAAGUUUCCUGAUAACUAAGGAUGAAGAGAGGGUAUUUCAAGUCUGACUAUAGAGAGAGCAAUUGCAAGAUUUUGUGAAUGGGAUGAUAGAGACAAAAGGGAAGUUAUUAUUAGUUAGAAGGCAUAUCAGCAGACCUGAUAAUAUGUGAGAGUUGUGAUAGUGAUAAUGUGUAUAAAUCAUGCAAGGUCCUGUACAGUUAGUGUCAGAAAAUUCCAAACUGUGUUCCUAUGUCAUUGUUUUUUUUAAUUAGAUCUUCUCUUAUUUGGUUUGUGUACAUCUGAAAAUUUUCCCUAUUUUGUAAUAACACAAGUGUUAGUGUUUAACUUAUGAGCUUCUUUGGAAUUCUUUUUCAAUUGAACUUUAUUUAUUUUACAACAAUUGUAAAACAAGUUAUUCCAUGUUAUAUAAAUCACUCUUGUUGUCCUGGAUG